UGUGCGGGGCGGGGGGGUGGCAGGCCCCGCAGUCGCCGGCGGAGAUGGCGCUCGGCCCCGCCGCCGCCGGUCCCCCUCAAACACCGGGGGCGGGGGCGGUGCCCGCUCCCUCUCAGCGGGGCGGCCCGAGGCGCUGCGGCCCCCGCCCCCUACCCGCCCCAUCCCGGCCCGGUCCGGCCGGCACUCGGCGCCCGCCAUGGCGGGGCUGAGGCUGGGGCAGGGCGGUGUGGGGAAACCGCCGCUGCUGGUGAAAAUCGUGAUGGCCGGGGAGACCUGCGUGGGGAAGACCUCUAUCGUGCGGAGGUACACGGAGCCCGGCUCGCCGCCCGGCGGGGCUCCCACCUCCUCCUACCUGGCCACCAUCGGCAUUGAUUUUAAAGUAAAGCCAGUAACGUUUAAUGAUACAAGAGUGAAACUUCAAAUAUGGGAUACUGCUGGCCAGGAACGAUUCCAUACACUUAGCACUAGCUAUUUUCGUGGCGCACAAGGCUUUGUUCUUGUAUAUGACAUCACAAAUCUGGACAGUUUUCAAAAUAUAACAAGCUGGAUGAAAGACAUACAUGAGAAAGCAGGUGAUGAAGUGGACGUAAUACUGCUGGGCAACAAGUGUGAUAAGGAGUCAGAACGUGUAGUUCCUAAACAGAAAGGAGAAAAGCUUGCUUGGGAACAUGGAAUACCCUUUUUUGAAACCAGUGCUAAAGAUAACGUGAACAUUGAGGAUGCGUUCUCAAUCUUGACUAAGGAAAUACUGGAGAAGGAUGGGUAAGAGCGGGCUGGGGUUGCGCUGGUUGGAGAGAACACAAACACAGUUAUGUGAAGACAGACUUAAAAGCCGUAGGAGAUCUAAAACCAUCUGAAGAAUGAAAAAGAUCUUUAAAGAAAAAUCAGCAGUAACUAUUUCUGUGUGAAGGACGCAUUUCUUCCCAGACAGCAGAAGUGCAUGAUGUCUGAGAGAAGCAUACUCGGUGAGACAGCAUCUAUCCUGGAAUUAAUAGUGCCCAAGACAGUGUUUAAAUACAAUUCCUGACAGACUAGUGCUUCAAGUCCUGCUGAAUCCCAGUCUGACCUGAUCUGCUUUGCCUUAUGCACUGCACCCAAUAACCUCAUCAAACCUGAAUGAGUUAAAACUGUGCUUUUGCUUUCCCUAUUUCAACAAUAACGCUGCUCUUCGCUAUUACAUCACUUUGCACUUCAAUAGCUUAAUUCACUUACGUCCUUCAAAGCAUGUGGUGAACUUUGUAGAAGGGAAGCUACUUUGAAAAAAAUCCAGCGUCAUAUUUUUAAAGCUAACCAUUACGGUAGGUGGGAUCUAACAGGAGUGAGUGUAGAGAACGAAGGUUUUUCAUAGCGCUGGGAAAUCACAGUGCCAAACUGCGUAGCUAAAGCACGGACCCAUGUCGGGAUGAGGUUCAAACCGACCCAGACCCAUUUAAAGCGAGACAACGUGGGUUUUUUGUAAUCCUCUGUGCCGACUGGCUUCCACGGUCUUUGUUUCCUCUUGGAGGGGAGGGAUCAAGUCCCGGCCUCUGUUUGCAGCAGAGCAGAACAAGAGGGUGUCUGUCUCGGCCCUCCUCGUGCCCGCGGUGCUGCUGGCACCAGCAGUUAGGGAGGCACGCAGCGAGGGAGGGCGAGCGGCAGGAGAGCUUUUGCCCGAACUCAGACCUCCCCAGCAGCCUCAGACGCCGCCGAAGAUGGAGGAGAGCUCUUCGUGCGACAGCAGCUCUUCCCCGAGCUCGGCCAUCCCCAGCAGCCUCAGAUGCUGCCGAAGAUACGGCGCCUGGAGAGACGCGUUAGCUGUGGAUGUUUCCAGGCAUUUUACACAUCACUGCGAGGCAACUUUGUAUGUUUCCAGUCGACAGUACAGCCUUAAAUGUAGCCAAGUUGACAGCGAUAAAAUAAACAGUUUUGACACAGAAGUGAGUAAAAUAAACUUAGGCACAGAACAGUGCAACCACCCAGGAGUUCGUUUUUCUGGUUUAAUUUCCCAGAGUUUCUGCAGUCUAGCAGUCUGGAGAUAAAAAAUGGAUAAAAAAUGAUAACAAAUAAAAUAUCUCACGAAGAUCAUAGAAUAAUUGCCUAGGUUGGAAGGGUCCUUUGAGAUCAUCUAGGCCAGCCAUCAACCUAAUCACAUAAGCCACUUUGAAAAGAGAACUAGCAGUUGAUUUUAAAUUCUUCCUGUGGUCUGAAGACCCUCGAAUACGCAAUAUAUGUAAUACUGGUAUGUGGAGUAACAAUGG